GUGUAUCUGUGUGCUGUGCACGACAGAUGACCACAAAAACCACAACACUGUAUCAGCUGCAGCAGAGGACUAAGAAGCAGGGUGUAGUUCCAGUAUCUACCAACAGGUGCUAACAGGGACCGGCUAACAAGCUAAUUCCUGACCCCAUGGUUCCUACUGCUGGAUGCCCAACAUUAUUAAUGGAUCAUCUGUUGUAGAGGCAGGAUCUCUCUGUAACCAACUCCACCCACUGCUGUUAAGAAAAGUACACUUACAACUCAAGGUUUUGUCCCAUCAACUCCUCUUCUCCUGAGCUUCUGAUCGUCAUCACAGAUAGUUGGAUUCUGUUUGAGGAUGAAGACACUUACAGAAGCAGCUCUGUAUGUUUUGUUGAUUCUCUGUUUCUGCUCCAGUUCAGAAUCUGCCACUGUAUUAGAUCUGCUGCGUGAUACUGCAGUGAGUUGGACAGGAACACUGCCCUGUGGCCAAUGGGACUGUGAAUGUGCGUUUAGUAGACAGCGUAGUUGUUGUUGUGUCGCAAAGCAGCUGUCAGAGCUGGAGGAGGCCACCUUCAUACGUUUGAUUGGAGUAUGGGAAGGACUGUCCCACCUCAACAGUCAAAUAGAGGAAGUCACAGCUGGUUGUCAGAUUGCGUUCACUGCUGCUGUGCUGCCAAUGACUGCAUGUUUUGGGCCGUUCACCAGCAACGUGUCUGUCUCUUACCAGUCUGUCUCACUCAAUCAAGGCAAUGGGUAUAAUCCUGCAUUGGGUACAUUCACAGCUCCACACGCUGGACUCUACUGCUUCACCUUCACCGCUUAUUCCAAAGUUGGCGAUGUAGACCGACUCUAUCAAAAGCUGCAGCUGAUGAAGGAUGGCCAGCUGAUCGCUUCUUCCUGGGAGGACAACCGUGAGGAUUCAGAGGACAGUAGCACUCAGACGGUUCUUCUGCAGCUCAGACGGGGCUCUCAGGUCUAUGUUGAGCUGCUGUCAGGUCGGCAGUUUUGUGGAGACACCCAGAGCUACAACACUUUCAGCGGAUACCUGGUCUAUCCGUUUACUGAGGAAUGAAAUAAAAACCUGUUAUCACACACACAAGAAUCUCUUUAGUAAUACAUUACAUCAGAAAUCGUUCAUAUAACGGGACACAAACACACACAAGGAAUUUGUAGAGACUUGUUUUUUUAUACU